UGAGAUUGCACCGUUGCACUCCAGCAUGGGAGACAGAGCAAGACUCCAUCUCAAAAAAGAAGAAAAAAAGAAAACAAUAUUGUGAAAGCCAGUCUGGUGGUUGCACAGGGCUGAAGGUGUGGCCAGCAUAGGAGAAUAGGUUGGAAAAGGCCUUGUGAGCUGGUUUCUGAAGACCCCUUAGGGCUGAGCUAGGUUUGUAGGAAACAUAGCUGCUAAGCAUUGUUGGACAGGGAGGGGACAGCUGCACUGUUGGGCCCUGGAUAGGCAGGUGGUGGCAGAAAUGGAAAGGCAGACCAGAUGUGAAGGAGAGAGUCCCUGUCACCCUUCUAAGACCCUGAACAAGAGUUGGGCAGGGUGGGGGGGCAGAGGAGGCUCCCACACCCCUCUCCUCCAUGGCCUCCAUAGCCUGCUCCUUUCUGCAGGUGACCCUGUCCAAGAGCGGCCACCAAGCAUUCCCCUGCCCAGCCCCUCCAUUACCUUCCACCUGUGGACCGGCAAGGAGCAGCUCUGGAAGGAACUGGUGCUCUUCCUCCGCCCAAGAUCCCAGCUGCGCCUCAGUACUGACUUGGAGGUCUUGGAUCUGCAGGGCAUCCGGCCAGACCGGGAGUUGGCCCGGGUGUCUGUGCUGUCCACUGACAGUGGCAUCGAGCGGGACCUUCCCCUGGGGGCUGAUGAGCUACCUGCAUCCAGCAGCCCCGAGAUAGAGCGAGCUGGGCUGCAGCGCAAAGGAGGCAUUAAGAAGCGUGUGUGGCCCCUGGACUUCUUGAUGCCUGGCAGCUGGGACGGGCCCCCAGGGCUGCACCGGAGAACAGGCAGGCCCGGUGGGGAUGGGGAAGUGCUUCCUGGUGUCUCUCGGCUGCACACAGCCCGGGUACUUGUGCUGGGAGACGACAGAAUGCUGGGGCGCCUGGCCCAGGCCUACCACAGACUCAGGAAACGGGAGACCCAGAAGUUCUGCCUCACUCCCAGACUCAGCCUGCAGCUCUACUACAUCCCAGUGCUGGCGCCUGAGAAGCCUGCAGCAUCCAGGCAGCCAGAGCUGGGAGAGCUGGCUGCAUUCCUGGGCCGCGUAGACCCAUGGUACCAGAGCACCAUCAAUACACUGUGCCCCGCCAUCCACAAGCUGGCUGAGAUGGUAGGGGAGGGUGAGGUACCACGGAGGGAAAGAGGGAGGGGCAUGGAGUCUGGGCAGAGGGGAGGAUGGAAGAGCCCAAGUGGGCAGAGAGGGUGGGAUGGGGGUGACAGCAGGCUAUCUUUUCGCACUUGACCCUUGACCUCAAGAGUCCAGUGAGAUGAGGCGGGAAGGAAAUGAGAGAUAGGGGUCCUAACCAGCUAGUGGCUUUGAACUGACUUGUAACACUUACCAGAUGCUUACUCUGGAUUGGACCACUGUGGAAAAGACUAAGUAAAAUAUUCUUUCAUAAGUGUGUAGGGCAAUUAUACUCCUUCUUGUAUGAGCUUCCUGUGAUCCUUUUUAUCAUUUUUUUUUUUAAUUUAAGUUCUGGGACACAUGUGCAGAAUGUGCAGGUCUGUUACCCAGGUAUACAUGUGCCAUGGUGGUUUGCUGCACCUAUC